UCCCAACCCUAAUCGUUAUAUAAUAUAUUUUUUUGCGAUUCUUAUGGAAGGAAACCCUAAUCGUUGAGCUCCGGCCUUUCACUGUAGGUGCUUCAGCAAUUGCAGUUUUGAGCGAUCGAAACCAUUUCGCCCUUUUGAAUCAGAAGAACAAGACGAUCUCAAGCUCCAAAGGCAGUCAUCUCCCCGCUCCUGCUGCUAAUCGAGAUCGCCAUCCCGAAUUCCUUGCUCGGAUGUUCGGAUUCUUCAGAUAAAGAGGCCCACGGCACUGGUUCCGGCGGCGAUGAAUUCCGUGACUGAAACCGCCGGCGGUGAGGUGUUCGACGAAAUGCCGCAAGAGAAGCGGGCGAGAACUGACGCGGGGGGCGAGGACCCGCCGUGGUCGUCGUGGGCGGGCCUCCAGCCGGACGCCCUGGGCAUCGUGCUCAGCUUCCUCCCCUGCCCCGCCGACCGCGCCAGGGUGCGGUCCGUGUGCCGCCAGUGGCGCGCCGCCGCGCGCGGCCGCGGCGUGGCCCCGCCGCUGCCCCUGCUGGUGCUCCCCAGGUUCAGGUUCGCGGGCCUGACCCCCGGGGGCGUGCUGGCGCCCGCGCGGCGCGCCUGGAUGCCGCCGGAGCUGGACGCUGACAACGCCUGCUGCGUGGGCUCUUACGACGCAUGGCUCGUGGGCGCCGGACAGGCCGGCGGCGAGUGCUUCUUGGUGCAUGCCUUCUCCCACGAGGUGCGCCGUCUGCCGCCCCUGGGCACUUCCGACUGCUCGCUGCGCAAAGCGGCGCUCUCCGCUUCGCCGGAGUCAGGACCCAACUGCAUCGUGGCCGCUUUCAUAAUCCGCUGGUCCAAGCCUGAACUGGCGCUCUGGAGGUCCGGGAUGAAGUCAUGGCGCGUUUGCCAUCAUGCUCUGCUUGCUGGGCACAUUGAUAUCGCCUUCUAUCAAGGGAAGCUGUACGUGCUCUGGAGGUUCACGCCAUGCCUCUUCGCUUUUGAGAUAAGUGAGGAUGAGCGUGGGGUCACCAUCUCUCGUAUGAAGGAUUGUAUGAUCGAAAAGCUCCUCCCGAGCACUCUUGGGCUCUAUCAUGAAUUGAGCUGCAACAUGGUGGAGUGGAGCGGAAGACUGUUAUUAAUCAUCAGAUACUAUGCUGUUUACCAAGCCAGGAACAGAGUUAAGGUCAAAGUGUUUGCAAUGGAUUUGAGCACGAACCCAGUUGGACUCACUGAGAUCCGCAGCUUCGGUAGUGAUUGCAUCUUCGUUGGGUUAGGUGGCAGCAAGUCCUUUCCUGCUGGUCAGCACGACGGAGUUGAAGGUGACCUUAUCUACUUUGGUCCUGAUCAUUACAACCCUCAUGACACAUUUGUGUACAGCAUGAGAGAUGGUAGGACAGGGCCCAUUGUUCAGCCAUUACCUUGCAGCACUAGCGCAUCAGAGCGCAACCUCGGUUUCCCGGUGUGGUUGUUUCCUUCCGAAUGAUGUGCUUCAGGAGAAGAUAUCUAUUGGGUGGUCAGGUGCUGCAGUUUGCUCUCAGAGAUUCUGCAUGGUGUUUUGUAACUCAAUCUGUAGGGGGGUUAUGCAUGUUCAUUCCGUUCUCAUAUUCCCGCCUAUAUGGUGAGGGAUACCUUAACUUUAGAAGAACUGGGAUCAGCGGCAGAAACUGAUUUCUGCAAUGCUUUUGUACAUGCCUCAAAUGGUCUACAUGCGAGUUUUAAAUUGGCACAUCUCAUGCUGUU